AUGGCACUGGGUAGACGCGGUCGAGGUGAUGCUGCCGAUGCAUAUGCUCCCGAGCCUACCAUGGCGAUAUAUGCAACAGCGUUCGCCCAGGAAAACAUGCCUCCGCCUCCCCCCGAUGGUGGAUAUGGAUGGUUCUGCGUGUUGGCUCAGUUCUUGAUCAACGGCUUCACAUGGGGCGUAGCCGCGAGCUACAGCGUCUAUCUUGCUCACUACCUAUCUCAUGAUAUCUUUCCCGAGGCCAGUUCUGUCGAUUACGCCUUUAUCGGGGGCUUCAAUUUCGCGUUUGCCCUCCUCUCGGCGCCACUUGCAACCUUGCUAAUACGCAUCGGGGGUGCUCGAACUCCAAUGCUCCUCGGAGCAAUACUGCUGCCGCUUGGCUUUGCAUCAGCCUCGUUCGCAAUACGGGUCUGGCAUCUCUAUCUUUCACAAGGUCUAUGUGUUGGAGUCGGCAUAGGUCUCAUUUACAUACCCGCUACUGCCAUUAUCCCGCAGUGGUUCGACAAGAAGCGCAGCCUGGCGAACGGGAUCAGCGCUGCUGGCUCUGGCAUAGGCGGUCUCUCUCUUUGCUUUUCGGCCCAGGUCAUGCUUGACACUGUAGGACUGGCAUUGACAUUGCGGAUCACGGCCGUAAUUGUCUUUGUUGUAAACCUUUCAGCCACCAUUGUCAUGCGCUCACGCAAUCGGGAGAUCAAGCCAGAUAUGCACUUGCUAAAACUCCAUCUCCUCUCGUCAUACCAGGUCAGACUGCUGCUGGCCUGGAGCGUUGUCAUCAUGUUUGGAUACAUGACCUUGAUGUUCUCCUUGUCGGACUACGCUCUAGCAAUCGGCCGGUCCAGGCAGAACUCGGCCACUGUGGCCGCCGUCUUGAAUCUAGGGGCUGCCAUCGGCCGCCCGCUCAUAGGCUACCUGAGCGAUCGCAUGGGGAGGGUCGUAGUCGCUGGGUCUGCUACAUUUGCCACUGGCAUCCUCGUCUUUGCACUUUGGCUCCCAACUACAGAGUACGGACUGCUUAUUCCCUUUGCUCUCAUCAGUGGGGCAAUCCUGGGCAUAUUUUGGGCUGCCAUUGGUCCUCUGGCGGCCGACAUGGUAGAUCUCAAGGAGCUCACAGCUCUCUUGACUAUUGUGUGGCUUUCUGUCGCGGCACCGAGUGCAUGCGCGGAAGCUAUAGCACUACAACUGCGGCAUUCAGACUUUGGGCCACGCUCAUAUACUUACGCUCAGAUCUUCGCUGGUGUGUCAUAUGUCGCUGCCAGUGGGAUCAUGUUGGAGUUGUGGAGAGUGCGACGGGCCGCGGAAAGGAUAAUGCAAUCCAAUUUGCCCCAUGGAGGUGACAUUCGAGGAUCUUCUCCAUGA